AUGGCAAUAGAAAUAGAGGGUUCCAAGUCGUUUCGUCAUCGAAUAGUCCUUUCGACGCUUUUAGGGCAGACGAUCCGAGUCACACGGAUCCGUGAGAAUGACAUGUCCCCAGGGUUACGGGACUACGAGACUGAUUUUUUGAAAUUGAUAUCGGAAGUGACUGAUGGUGCUGAGAUCGAUAUUAGUAAGACGGGGACUAUGUUUUUAUAUCGACCGGGUUCCGUCAAUGGAAGGAGUGUCACUCAUGCGUGUCACCACAGUCGGUCCUUAGGGUAUUAUAUAGUUCCUUUAUUAUUAAUUUUACCAUUUUCAAAGACCUCCACCGAAGUCCAUUUGACGGGAGUGACAAAUGCAAAUGAUGAUUUGUCUGUCGAUAUCAUCCGAUCGACUACCAUUCCGUUACUCACGAAAUUUGGGAUACCGGAAGACUCGAUGAAUGUGAAAAUUAUUAAGCGUGGGCCACUUCCUGUAGGAGAAGGGGAAGUUGUAGUGACAACUGUCCCUGUCAAAGAGUUUCACCCAAUCGAUUUGACUGAACUUGGAUUAAUCAGGUCCGUCCGUGGUGUUGCAUAUUCGACAAAAAUCUCGCCACAAAUGGUCAAUCGUAUGGGGGAAGCCGCAAAGUUAGUCCUUUCCGAUUACUUACAAGACGUCUAUAUAACAACGGAUCACUGGAAAGGAAAAGAUGCCGGAAAAUGUCCCGGAUAUGGCGUAACAUUAACAGCAAGUUCUAUUAAUGGCUCGUUAAUUUCAACAGAACUCUUCGGCGAAGCCGGCGACGUCCCGGAAGAUAUCGGACAAAAAGUCGCGUGUAUGCUUUUAAAAGAAGUUGCUGAAGGGGGGUGUGUCGAUGUGAUGCAUCAAUCUUGGGCUUUGAUUAUGAUGGUCAUUUGUUCCGAAAACGUGAGUAAAUUAAGACUCGGCGAUUUGACUCAACAGACCGUCGAAUGUUUGAGAUCAAUUAAAGAAUUGGCGGGCGUGAUGUUCCAAGCAAAGUGGGACGAAACUAAUAAAACAACCAUUUUAAGUUGCUAUGGCAUCGGAUUCGUCAAUAUGGAAAGAAAAUUACACUGA